AGUGGAGAAUCCCGCAUAGAGCUUCCUUUUCGGAUAAAGCCGAGCGGAUACUUUCAGUUCAUCCAUUAUGAUCCAGUGACCACCGACCAACUCACUUCAGUUCGUAGAUCGCUUCCUCCUUGCUGCCUCCACGUCCUGCGGGGAAAUAGAACAUACUGUACCUCGGAACAACCAUAUCAACCCUUACCCGUAUAACUCAAGAUAACCCCCAUCCAUCGUCACCGUCACCAUGCCUGUCGAGGUCGUCCCCCUUACAGAAGCAGACAUCCCCGACGCGAUCGAAGUCAUCCAACAAGCAUUCGCGGAAGACCCAUAUUUCCAAUGGGUUUUCGAUCCUUCCGAGUUCAACAAGCAAAGAAACUAUGAUUCCCUCGCGGCGCGGUGUCUCUGGGGGAUCAACAACGCCCUGUUUCACGUCGCCAAGGAAACUGAUGCGAAUGGCGUCGACCGCGUGGUCGGCGUGUCCUGCUGGUUACCGCCGCAUGCCGCCUCCGAGCCGGAGAGCUGGUACAGCUGGUGCCAGGGGUGGGUGCUGAGCUGGCGACAGAUGCUGAACAACAUCUGGAAUUUAGGCCGGGGCGGGCUCCGGACUAACCGGUACUGGAUCUGGAAGGAGAGGCAGCAGGAGGCGCAGAGCGCGAUCUGGGAUGAUCCGCGGGGGUACUAUUUCUGCAACAUUGUGGCUGUCAGUCCUAAGGCGCAGGGGGGUGGGAUUGGGAGGAAAUUGUUCGAGGCUGUUACCGAUAUGGCGGAUCGGGAGGGAGUGAAGUGCUAUUUGGAAAGUUCGCGGAACGUGCCGAACGUGCAGAUUUAUGAGAAGAUGGGGUUUAGGAUGAAGAAGGAGAUGGAGUGUCGGGAUGGGGAAGAUGUUUGCAUGCUUUAUUGCAUGGUUCGUGAGCCUAACUUGGAGAAGUGAGGGCUCGGGCGGUUUCUAUCUUUUUUUUUUCUAUAUGCGGUAUUUGAUGACGAAUCGGGAUGGCAGGAAUG